GACACCGUUUAGAGUUUAGAAAUAGCCACGUUUUCGCAAACAUGUUCGUACACAAAAUUGUUGCUUUGCUUCUCCUGAUGCUAAACUCAGGAGUUUAUUGCCUCAACGCUGAACUCGAGACACAACUGGAAGCAUCAGCUACCCAAAGAAAGUCCAUCGUACCUGGACUAUCCAUCACCCAGGAACAAAUAGAUAGGUUAGCAGAUAUCGUUAUCCGUAUCCAUGGCGUUGAAUUAGAUAGCCAGAGUGAAGAAAAUUACAGAAACAUAGAGAAUUUGAAGUUAGUGGUGGCAAGCGUAAGUAGCAACCUAGAAGAAAAGUUGGAAGAAAAACGAAGGAAGGAACUAAACGCACAAACAUAAGAAAUUUUGAUGCUACAUUAUGUUGUGUGAUAUUUUUGUAUAUUUUACUAAUAUAAUAAAUAAAUGUAAUAUUAGUUUUA